UACGCGCAAUCGCCGGACACAGUUAUGCGCUAGACUGGAUGCAUAUUUUACCGUUGAAAGUUAACUAAAGCAACCAAACACUGGUUAAACUAAGACAAAGUGCACUCAACACAGCAAAGCUAGCUGCAUUUACGUAAGAAUAACAAAAGUGCGCAGUGUGAAAAAACUCUUGAAUAUUUCGCGUUGGCCAAAAACACACAUGCCGAGAUACCAAGAAUAAACCUACACUUGUGCGUGCAUACACAUAUGUAUAUGUAUAAAUAAAUAAAUGUAUGUGUAUACAUAGGCGGCACGCAACUAACAAUUGACAUUGUGGCCACCACCUGUUUGUUUAUGACGGCGGCAAAAACUUAAGAUAUUAACAAAUCAAAUCACUCAUACACGCUGUAGUUAAUAAGCCCGUAUGCAUGUGUCAUAUAUACAUUUAUGUGUGUAGUGGUUGUUACUGCUGUUUAUAAUAACAAAUAGUAAUAGUGUAAUUCAGGCUCGUGCAUGUGCAUAACCCCAUGCGCAGUUAAAUAGCGAAAUAAAAGAAGAGGAAGAGUGUAACCUACUCGCUGGUCGCGUGUCUAAUUUACAUCAUCUUAUUUAUGGCUUCAAAUGCGCAGCUCGGAAAAAUCAUUUUGCUAAUCGCGAUUGCCGUAUUCUUCUACUACUUCUUCUGGGUGGCAAUACUGCCGUUUAUGAUACUCGAUGAAGGUAAUCCCAUAUUGUCGCUGUUUCCGCCGCUGAAAUACGCAUUUAUCGUGCCGACUGUAUUUGGGGUCAUCUGCCUGGGCGGCAUUGCCGUAUUCAGUUUCUAUCACAUUUGGAGCAUUACGGCACAAUCGAAGCGAACCUAAAGACCCCAAGGGCAGAUGAUGCGA